GAAUUUUCCCCACUAAAAUUGAUCUUCCUUCAAGAGUUAACCAGAUUUAGAGUUUGUCAUGAGUCUUGCUAUGAGAAGAAAGAAUAUGGUGAAGUUACCAAUGAAUUCCUCUCAAGGCAAUCAAAAAAUGCGAGGGUUACAAGCUUCGACGCGUUUAGUCUGUUGCAUCAUUCUGAAUCAACUGUUUGCUGCUCAAAUCGAUGCGCAAGAAUCUCGAAGUCCAUGGCAGACGCUCAAUGGUGAUGCUCCACGUGUGAUUGCUCGUGGUGGGUUUUCUGGAAUGUUUCCAGAUUCGAGUCUUGAUGCUUACAUUUUGGCGAACCAGACAAGUGGACAAGAUGUUGUUCUAUGGUGUGAUGUUCAGCUAACCAAAGAUGGGCUUGGGAUUUGUUUUCCAGAUUUAACUAUGAGCAAUGCUUCAACUAUUGAAGGUGUUUACCCAAAUCGCCAAAAAUCUUACCCGGUUAAUGGAGUUUCUACUUCGGGUUGGUUCACUAUAGAUUUCUCCUUGAGAGAUCUCAAGGAUGUGUUUUUGAUCCGAGGAAUAUUAUCGCGAUCACAAAGAUUCGAUGGAAAUCGAUAUGCGAUUUCAACGAUUCAAAAUGUAACCACGCAGAUAAAACCAAAAGGUUUAUGGUUAAAUGUUCAGCAUGAUGAGUUCUACGAGCAGCAUAAUCUUAGCAUGAGUAGUUUUCUUUUAUCAACUUCAAGAACUGUUUCCAUUGACUUCAUCUCUUCCCCUGAAGUGAAUUUCUUUAGGAAAAUUGCUUGCGGUUUUGGGAAUAAUGGACCGAGUUUGGUGUUCCAGUUUCUCGGGAAAGAAGAUCUCGAGCUGACAACAAAUCGAACCUACGGUUCUAUCUUGAGUAACCUAACUUUUGUCAAGACGUUUGCUUCAGGGAUUCUUGUUCCCAAGUCUUAUAUAUUGCCACUUGAUGAGCAGUACUUGCUUCCUCAUACAUCCUUAGUUCAAGAUGCUCACAAAGCAGGAUUACAAGUAUAUGUGUCAGGUUUCGCAAAUGAUGUUGAUAUUGCAUAUAACUACAGUUUCGAUCCACUGUCCGAGUAUCUAUCCUUUGUGGACAAUGGCUAUUUUUCUGUUGACGGUGUGCUCUCUGAUUUUCCCAUCACUGCAUAUGCGGCUAUUGACUGCUUCUCUCACAUUGGCAGAAACGCUACAAAACAAGUGGAUUUUCUUGUUAUAUCGAAAAAUGGUGCGAGUGGGGACUAUCCUGGAUGUACAAACUUGGCAUAUGAGAAGGCAAUCAAAGAUGGUGCUGAUGUUAUCGAUUGCUUAGUCCAAAUGUCUAGCGAUGGUACACCCUUUUGCUCAAGUUCGAUCGAUCUCACGGAAAGCACAACGGUCGCCCUAACUUUUUUUAGAAACCGUUCAACAACUGUUCCUGAGUUUAGCUCAGUUGGUGGCAUAUACACGUUCAGUCUCACAUGGCCUGAGGUCCAGACCUUAACUCCUGCUAUUGUAAACCCCUACAAGAGGUACAAUAUGUUUAGGAAUCCGAAAGAGAGAAAUUUUGGGAAACUUAUUUCUCUUUCUGAAUUCCUAAAUUUGGCAAAAAAAUCUACUUCUCUCUCCCAUGUUUUGAUCAAUGUAGAGAAUGCAGCAUACUUGAGAGAGAAACAAGGGCUCGACAUGGUUAAAGCGGUUCUUGAUACACUCACAGAUACUGGCUACAGUAAUAGUACAGCCACAAAAGUAAUGAUUCAGUCAACCAACAGUUCGGUGUUAGUUGAUUUCAAGAAGCAGAGCCAAUACGGGACUGUCUACAAAAUUGAAGAAACCAUUGGUAAUAUUCAUGACUCGGCCAUCGAAGACAUAAAGAAGUAUUCUAACGCUGUUGUCAUCAACAAAGAUUCAGUCUUUCCUAAUGCUAAUUUCUUCCUCACUGGAGAAACCAAUGUUGUGCAGAGGCUGCAGAAGUCUCAGCUCUCGGUUUAUGUGGAACUAUUUCAGAAUGAGUUUGUCUCUCAAGCAUUUGACUUCUUUUCAGAUGCAACUGUUGAGAUAAACGCAUAUAUCUAUGGAGCCGGUAUCAAUGGAACCAUAACCGAGUUCCCUUUCACAGCUGCAAGAUACAAAAAAAUCCCACCUUACAUGUCCACUCUUAAACCCGGUAGCCUCUUAACUGUUGUGAGUCGUUCGUCCUUACCUCCAGCCCAAGCUCCAAACCUAAUAAUCACAGAUGCUGAUGUCAUUGAGCCACCACUACCUCCGGUUACAGCAAAGGCCCCAACCUCAACCCUUGGAACUCCGUCAACCAUUGCACAAGCACCUAGCGGACAAAACCGACUCACUCUGUCUCUUCUCCUCUCUGUUUUAUUCCUCUGUCUUCUACUUCUGUGAUCAACCUUUGAUCUCAUCUCCUCUCUGUUCAUAAUGUCUUCCAACCUCGUAAAGAUUUCCCUGUGUGCAUAAUUUGUUUUUGUUGUUUUUCACCUGGCGAGUCUUUGUGAAAGCCGUUCUGUUUCUUUGCUCUGUCGAAACUAGGUUUCACAGAAUACAAUAUCACAAGAGUA